AUGGUUCACCAAACAAGAUAUCAGCGCCAUCAGAACCUCCAACCACGACAGGCGUUGGAGAGGGGCCGAGUGACGCAAGGGGAAUGCCUUGCACGCGAAAACACCGAAAAGGGUGGAUGGAUCGAUGACGGUGUAUCUACUCCGAGGCUCCUGCCAAACACAACCAAACAAGUGUCUUCAGUGUUGGAGUGUCGAGGCCCGACACUCCAGCGUAGUCUAACUGAGAAGUGCACAGAAGCCAGCUUCACCAAAAUGGGCCAUCAUUGCGACCUAAUCUGGCAAAGGAGUCCCUUUGAUUCGUUGAAAGCUUUUGCAAGGUGUACGAGGCGAGCUGCUAGACGAUUAGUUGGGUCGUGA